AUGUUUAACAGAAAUCUCUUAUAUUUCCCAGCGGUUUUUGCAGCCGACCAAUCACAGAUCUGCCAAGAGACCAUUGCUCUAGGAUGUGAUUCUUACCAACCAAUAGAAUCAGACGAGACAGUAUGCGCUACAGAUGGAUCGCACUACAACAACUUUUGUGAAUUUAGCGUAGCAAAGUGUAAGAAUCCUGCACUGGACAUUGCUUCUCUGGGUCACUGUCCAGGAAUUCAGACAACUCAGACCGUAAGUCGUCCUUCCACAAGCCCACCCACCUCCCGCCCUCCUACAACACAUCUACCUACAUCAAAUCCUACAACACUAGACUCCUAUCAACAGAUAUUUUGCGACAACAAGGAUUCUGUUGCUUGUCCAAGCAGUGUAGAUCACGUUUGCGGCAGUGACGGUGUCAUGUACAAAAACAGUUGUGAGUUUGCAAAAGCCGUGUGCAGUAAUGGUAAUUUAAGCAAGCAAAAUAAUUCCUUCUGCCAUCAUACCACCACCACAACACGCCAGCCUACCACCCUGGACCCCACUCAACAGUUAUUCUGUGACAACAAAGAUUCCAUCUUGUGUCCGUCCACAGGAAGUCACGUGUGUGCAAGUGAUGGUGUCGUGUAUAAUAAUGAAUGUGAGUUUGCGAAAGCCAAGUGUAGCAAUGGCGCCCUAACUAUCCAGACCUCGUCGUUUUGUCAUCAUACAUUCUGA